CUAUCAAUCAACUUAUGCAGGAGGCUGUGGUUCAGACUUGGCUAGGUGUCUAGUUCUUGCGACACUAUUGGCGGAGGAAAAAAAAAGCCUGCGAAGUUGAAGGCGUCGUGAAGGUUGCAUAAUUCAAAGCAGUGGAAGUUGUGCCUACCCUUGAGUUGGUGGGCAAACUUGUCUCUCCUAAAUAGGAUUCUAUUACAACUAUUGAGGACCAUGGCCAGCAGGGGAGUAUCCAGGCCAAAUGGUCAGUCCCAAACCAGCAAAAUCUGCCAAUUUAAGCUUGUAUUACUAGGGGAGUCAGCUGUGGGCAAAUCCAGUCUUGUGCUACGCUUUGUUAAAGGACAAUUCCAUGAAUACCAGGAAAGCACAAUUGGUGCUGCAUUUCUGACACAAUCCGUCUGCUUGGAUGAUACAACAGUAAAGUUUGAGAUCUGGGACACUGCUGGACAGGAGCGGUAUCACAGUUUAGCUCCCAUGUACUACAGAGGUGCUCAAGCUGCCAUUGUGGUUUAUGACAUCACCAAUCAGGAGACCUUUGCAAGAGCAAAGACAUGGGUAAAAGAGUUGCAGCGACAAGCAAGUCCCAAUAUAGUUAUAGCCCUGUCAGGAAACAAAGCUGAUCUGGCUAAUAAAAGGAUGGUGGAAUAUGAGGAAGCACAAGGAUAUGCAGAUGAUAAUAGUUUGUUGUUCAUGGAGACAUCUGCCAAAACAGCAAUGAAUGUUAAUGACCUAUUUUUGGCAAUAGCCAAGAAGCUGCCAAAGACCGAACUUCAGAAUGCCAGUGGAACCACCGGCCGUAACAGAGGUGUGGAUCUCCAUGAACAGUCUCAGCAGAACAAGAGCCAGUGUUGUAGCAACUAAGCAAACCAUGAAGGGAGCUUGCUCCAAGUUGACAACUGCACAUUCAAUAACAAGUUGAAAUGAAAUCUCUACAUCCAUGCCUCUUGCAAUGCUUCAGUAAAAGUACCUGCAGAAUGGAUGUGGGAUUUGACUUAACACCAUCUUUAUUUUUACUAGAGAUGUAAAAUCAACUUAAUCACCUUCCUUUUUUUAAUGUUAUUGCUAUAUGAAUGCACUCUGUUUCAUAGAAUACCAGUUAUUCAAAGCUUUUUUAAACAAGACUUGUAGAUAAUUUGGAACUCUAUUCAGAUUGUUCUAACUUUGCAGCUUGUGCUGAUUUGCAAACUGUAUCCUCUAAUUGUCAAUGUUUGCCCUUAUGUUGAAACUGCAUGUCAGUGUUUGCAUUGUUUAACCUUGGCAGGGAAGCCUUUGUCACUUAGUAUGUAGGAAUUGGGCCUCUAGGAUUAAAACUACAAAUCAAAGAUCCUGCACUAAACAGUUGUGCCCACCCUAGGGUAAGCAAUCUAACAGCUAAGAUAGUAACUAAACCUACACUGGUAAAUAGCUGUGAUAGGACUCUGAACUCUAGGCAGUACACUUUGAAAUUUACCAUGUUUUAAGCAGUGGGUGCUGUUUUAAAUAGCCAAGUUGGCUUUUUAGUUUGUACAACUAUUGGGUUUAACUUUUUUAUAAAUUGUAUAGAUCUCAUGGCAAUGCCCACUUUUUUGAAAUUGGGAAUCAAAUAGCACAUGCAGGCUUGGGGAUAAUGGUACAGUAAAGUUAAACAAUCUAGUGAGGAAUGCAGUUUCAUAAUAGUCCUGUUGACAUGGGCUGCAGUAGUACUGUAUACUUUUUGCUCCUGGGUGAUCUAAAGUUGAGUGCAAUAAAUAAGCUAGCUAUGAAUAUUGGCAAGAUUGAGCAAGGUUUUGAAAACUAACCACUACACAUCCUGAAUAACUUGGCCAAAACUCCUUGCUCCCAAUUUGUUCAGGUUCCUGCAAUAGGAUAUAUAUAUAUAAUACUUGCUGAGCACUUUUAACUUCCCCACUUUGUUUUCUGGUGCAAGUUGACAUCUGUAUUGCCAGUUUCUACCAUGAGUUAGAUGCUCUACUAUUUCGUCCAGCUUCAUUUGGAAGUGGGUUGUUACUUUCUCUUUUUGGAGAGGGUGGGUUUGUGGAUAAAACUUAAACUGACAUGACUGUGAGCCGCCUUCCAAUAUUGCAUUCCGCUUUUGACUGCAAAACUUGAACAUAAGGUUGAUUCUCUAGUAGAAUGCACCAGCUUCUGAAGUUUUUUUAAAAAAAACCUUGAAGUUUACUUUGUCACUUUUUUUCUCCCCCAGUUAAACACUUGUUUCCUCAAGAUAUUCAGCCUUGGACAUCAAUUUAUUUUCUUCUGGUUUGUGCAAGGUCCCCUCAAUGAAUUAACAGGCUAUGACAGUAGUCAUGAUCUCCUGAAUCUAGAUGACAAAGAAUUUCUUGUACUGCAAGUGACUGCCUACUUAGGUCAUUGACCUCAAUGCUGUUUUUAGGACAGGGGCAGGUUGAAAGAUGCUGCUUCAUUGUCUGAUUCACCUGAGCAAUUUUUAAAUGUGCUCUAUCUUCUGGAUUUAAAUCUCUAUCUUCUAAACAAUUGAAAUCUGAUUUUAAGCAGUUCAUAACAAUGAUACCAUAUCAGCCUGUCAGAUUGGUCCAUAAUAGAUUUUUUCAGUUUUUGUCAUGAGACUGGGUGUUUCUUUGACUACUGGCAAAUAGAAUGCAUCUUAAUUUUUAGUGCACUUUUUAGAUCUGCCACUGUAGAGUAUGAAUGGGCUUUGCAUAGGAAUUCUCUUUUCAAUGCACUUUACUGUUACUGUUUUUUGCAUUUCAUGUAGUCUGGUGCCUUGUCAUCCACAUUAUGUAUAAAUCAUGCACUGAAUUUGUCACAUCUGACCUCUUGACACAGAAUUGGGUCUUCCCAUGGCAGUUGAUUUCCAGGUACAAAUAUGACAUCUCAAGUUCAUGUUUGAGCCUACAAUGUGUAUAGUUAUUGCAAGAUUGUUCUUUCCAAAACUUUAAAUUGUAAACUAAAUGCCUGAUUGCCAAAUUUUCCCUCUGUACAUUGCUUUAGCACAGAUCUAGUUCCUGUGGCUGAAUAGCUUGUCUGAGUUGAAGCUGGGUGAAAUAUUUGGGUAUGUACAGUUGUGAAUUACUUGGUACAUGUAAUGCAAUAUUUGUCUUCAAUUGGAAGUGAACAGGAUGUGAUUGUGGGCAACCUAUUUUUUUCAAUUGUUCUCUGCAGGAUCUGUAAAGUUAAAUUUUGGUGCCAAGAAACUGCUUGUGAAUAGAUGCAACAGUCUCUUCUAAAAUGUCAUUAUAUUUUGUAAUUAAGCCAGGCUUUAUUAAAGCUUAUGUUGCAACUAA